AUGUUAGCCACUCCUGUAAAGAAGGUCAUGUCAGUGUGCUGCAGCAAUCACUUGAAGCAGGAUGCAAUCAAAGAGCUUUGUGAUCUGCUGGGCACCACACCUGAAAGCCAUUCAUAUCCACUCUUUCCACCCAUCCUCUUCCCUAACACAUGCCCUAACACCACUAAUUCAACUGUUUUCAGCAACUGGAGACUGCUAGUGCAGAUCUUGAAAGCUGUUUUGAUGAGCGAAGCAUCUCUCACCUCUGUGAAGAAGGGCAGGCCACCCAGGAACUUGAAAAUUUGGGGAGUAUUGACAAUUACUCCAGGACCAAUGGCAUGGAGUGCAACAAUAGCCAUUUUCCUCCUCUUACCUGACACUGUGUUCUCUCAAGACAGCCAAGGGAAGAACUUAGGGAUUCAAUACAGGAAUCUAUUCUACAGCUUCAAGAAAAUAUUGAUCACUCUCGCAAUGGCUGGUCUACAAGCUAAUGAUGCUGAAGACUCAGACUUAUUAGACCCUGCUCUAGAUUCAGAGAUCAGCACUGUUUCUUGCAUGAUCACUGCUGUCCAAGAUGACCAGUCCAUUCCUCCAUUGCCUACAGUUUUGGAUGCAGCUCCUAGUGCUCCCUCAACUCCACCAUUUGCCUCAAUGGCUACAAUUGAGGAUGAUUUACAUGUGCUCAUUCAUACCAAGCUUCAAGUGGCCAGUUUGGCACUACCUAAUACUGCCAGUAUAUCAACUAAUAGUUCAACUAUUGAACUGGCUGAUGAGGGUAAUAAUAGUAAAUCUCAGUCGAAGAAAAGGUUGAAGAAGCAUGUUCCAGAUGGUGCAACUCACAAGUCUGAUUGUCACAGGAAAAAGUAG